CGCUUGUGAUCUUCAGGCGCAUGGUUCUUCACAGUCUGAUUCUCCCCUUCCUCCUCAGCAGAUCUCAAUUUUUGAUGAUGAACAUGCUUUUCUGUAAAACUACAAGGGAAGAUUCUCAAGAUGGGCUGUCAGCCAGAUAUAAUAACUUUAACUACUCUGUUGAAAGGUCAAUGCAUUAAUACUAACGUUAGAGAAGCCCUUGUCUUUCAUAAUGACAUAUUGACAAAAGGAUUUCAGUUAGAUGAGGUAAGCUAUGGCACCCUGAUUGACGGCUUCUGUAAAAUUGGAAAAACGUCUGCUGCUCUUGAAUUGCUUCGAAAGAUGGAGACAGGGUUAGUUAAGCCUGGUUUAGUUAUAUACAACACAGUAAUCGAUGGUCUUUGUAAAGAAGGGCUUGCAAUUGAGGCAAAAAAAUUAUAUCAUGAAAUGACUGAGAGGGGAAUAUCUCGGGAUAUUAUUACCUAUAACUCUCUAAUAUAUGGUUUCUGUUGCAUGGAUCAAUGGCAAGAAGCCACGUGGUUGCUAAAUAAAAUGGGGCUGGAAGGCAUCACUCCUUGUAUUUAUACCUUUAAUAUAUUGGUAGAUGCAUUUUGUAAAAAAGGGUGUAUAACCAAAGCUGAGGCAAUAGUUGGUAGGAUGAUGAAAAGUAGCAUAAAGCCUGAUGUUAUUAGUUACAGUGCUUUGAUGGAUGGGUACUGUAUGAUGAAUAAUGUUGAUGAGUCGAAGAAGGUUCUUCAUAGAAUGAAAAGUGAUGUGUUGCCUGAUGUUUUCAGUUACAAUAUCUUGAUUAAUGGGUUAUGUAAAAUGAAAAGGAUUGGUGAAGCCAUGGAUCUCUUUCAAGAAAUGCAAUGCAAAGGUUUGUUUCCUGAUAUUGUGACAUAUAAUACUCUUAUUGAUGGCCUGUUCAAAUCAGGAAAGAUCUCAAACGUGCAGGAACUUAUUUAUGAUAUGCAUGAUAGUGGUCAUCUGCCAGAUAUAGUAACCUACAAUGUCUUGUUGAUGGAUUGUGCAAGAGCCAGCAUCUUGAUGAAGCAAUUAUGCUAUUCGAAGAAAUGGGUGUCCUAGGAAAACAACCUGAUAUUUACACACACACCAUUCUUAUUGGUGGUUUGUGCAAGGAUGGUAAAUUAAAUACUGCUCAACAAGUUUUUCAGUAUCUUUUGGCUAAUGGUCAUUCUCUAAAUGUCCAAGAAUAUACUGCUAUGAUUAAUGGACUGUGUAAAGAGGGCUUGUUUGAUGAGGGACGGGCAUUACUUUUUCAAAUGAUUGACAAUGGGUGCCUCCCAAAUUUUGGAACUUUUAAAACAAUGAUCGGAACUCUUUUGGAGAAAGGUGAGAUUGAUAAGGCGGAGAAUAUUCUUCAUGAAAUAGUUGCUAGAGGUCUUCAAAGACGAUAAAAGAAAGCCAGAUACUUGUUUUCAUGUUGAAAUUUGUUGAAAUAUUUAACCAAUGCAAUGUCUGAUGGCAGCUGAAAUUUAAAGGCAAUUAAAGUUGUUUUCACUUUUUUAUUUCAGUAUCA